ACACAACUCUCUGAUUCACCAUAAUCAAAAAGAAUCUUAAACAUAAAAGCAAAACAUGAAAGGCACAUUUACUCACUCUCUUGUGCUUCUCUUCAUUGCACUUGUUUGUGCCAAUGUCGGUGCUAGGAAACUUAUGUCCGGGGAUACCAAAUUCAAGGAUGAGAAAUCUUUCCUCGGAGGCGGCGAUAGCGGUGGUGGCCUAGGGCUUGGCCUUGAUAGCGGAGCUGGUCUUGGUGGGCUUGGGAUUGGUGCCGGAGCUGGACUAGGGUUAGGUGGAGGUGGAGGGGGCGGUUUCGGCGGGGGAGCCGGUGGCGGACUCGGUGGUGGUGGUGGCCUUCCUUGAACGUGUAAACUGUCAAGUGUGCGUGAGAGAGCUCACUAGUUCUCAGCUUAUUAUACUAAUUAAGUCACUUUCAUUGUCUUAAUAAAUUUAGAGGUUACCUUCAAUCUUCGGAUUUCAACUUUUAUUUAAACUUCAAUAUUUGAAUCAAACGUCUUAGCUACUAGCUAGCUACCGUAAUGCUAGUAAUCGUAUUUUGUGUAACGUUCGCCAUUUCAUAUCUAUGAUUAAAUAGUGCAACUGUGCAACGUUUCUCUUA